GCGAUAAAAGUUUCGCUGAAUUGACAUGGAACCAAACGUUAUGUCUUCGGAAUCAGAUUCUAAAGAAAAUGCAAAAAGAAAAAAAUCUAAAAGUUUAUCAUCAAACGAGGAAGAACCUUUAGCAAAAUUAAUUAAGCAUAAAGAAGAUAAUGAUAGCCAUUUAGUUAAUUGGUCGCCUAAAAAAGAUAAUCAACCUCCAUCACCUAGCUCAACUUCAGAUACAAGCAUCGAAGAUGAUAUUCCUUUAGGUCAACAUAAGAUUGCCAAUAUAAAUUUAAAAGAAAAAAAACUUUCAGAAGAAAGUAAAAAAUCAACAAAAAAAUCAAAUCUUGAUAGAUGGAAAAAAUAUGUACGCACUGCUGGCAUCUUUGUCACUAAUUAUAAUAUUCUCUUUUCAGAUUGCAAAAAUGAAAAGCAACAGAUUAAAAAAUUAAAAUCCAUGUUACAAGAAUCAUUUAAAAAAAUGAAAAUGGAUGAAGGUAAUGUAACAUUAGAUCAAUGUAAACUCUUGAAAAAGAAAAAGGAAGAAGCAAAAGAAAUUGCAGAACUUGAUUUAUCUAAUAUUAUACAAACAUCAGGCAAAAGAUCUAAAAGACAAAACGUAAAUAGCUUAUAUGCAAAUGUAGAUUCCAACCUUGAAAAUUUCAGAAAAAUAUGUAGUGGUGAAGAUAAUGCCGAUAAAGAAACGUUUAAACGAAUACAACAUUUGUUUGAUUCUGAGGAGUCAUCAGGAUAAAGAUAUAUUCACCCUUUAAACCCAUUUUAUUAAUGUAAAUUUGUAUAUAUUGUAUAUAUAGCUUCAUAAUUAUUAAAUAAUCUGUUAA